AUGGAUGUGGAGAUUACGGAUGAUUCACUGCCGGAGGAUAUUGACCGGCAUACGAGAUUGAUGAUGAUGUUAAUGUUUGGUGGUGUACUGUUCCCGAACACUUCGGGAAACCUAGUUAGUUUGAGAUUUCUACAUCAUCUGGAGCAGCUAGAUGAUUUGCCUGGUUACAACUUGGGUGCAGCUAUUCUAGGUUACCUGUAUAGGCAGAUAUGUCGGGCGUGCAUGGGCACCCAGAGAGACGUUGCCGAAUUUUUACCGAUGUUGCAGUUCCAACCACCUCUACCACCGAUUGCUCCGGAUGCACCACCUCCACCGUUUCUCCCUUUAGCUUGGAGGUGGGUUGAUAAGCGAGGCUACGGACGCGAGGUCGAGGCUUGA